UAAGGUUUUUAUGUUUUAAGGUUUUUUAGUCUUUAAGGUUUUAAUGUUUUAGACUGAUUUUCCGUUUAACUAAAAAGCCCGAGAAGUUGCGAUUGUAUCUAUUCACAGAAAUCAAAUCGAAAGCGAAAAUACUUUUAAACUUCUGCAGGUAAAUAAAUAACAUUUAAAUUGCUUUAAUUUCGAUUGGAACACAGAGGUAUGGAGUUCAAGAGAUUGUCGUCUGACCAUGCUCGUACUUUUCACACGGCAUGUACAACAGUUGGCGAAAAUAAAGGUCCUAUAGCGUCCUUAUGUGGUGUUCCUCGACAGUGUGUGGAUGUUGUUGAUUUUGAGGAGGGGCUUAUAUACGAGGAUAGUAGAAGAAUUUCGAACCUUACCCUGCCAUUUCAAGUGAUGAUCGGGGCUACCGAGAGACGUGUUCCAUUUUACCUUGUGACCAGUAAUGUAGACAUGAUAGAGCAGGACCCAUAUGACGAGGAACCGAGGCUUAAAAUGUCAUGUGGCCACGCUAUUAAACCAGAUAACUUAUUUGGACACAUGAAAUAUACUCUAGUGAAUAAAGUUAGAAGUUCCGUUUGUUGCCUUACUCCAGGAUGCAAACAAUGGGACUUUGGUGAAAUAGUUCUAAAAGCUGAUUUGACAGACGACGAGAGGAUUUUCUUCGAAUAUAAAAUAUCAUUGAAUGCCAUACUUCAAAACAAUAGCGACACGUCUGAAUGCCCAAACUGUGGUCAGUUUUGUCAACGACAACAAAACACAAAAGCUGUUCAUUGUAACUGCUGUGCAUUAAAGGGAUUUGAUAAACAGUUUGAUUUCUGUUGGGACUGUAAAUCUCCAUGGAUACCAAAUCAUGUAUGUGGAAAUCGAGACCUAGAAGCUAUACAAAAAAUCCUAAAUGACGCCCCAAAGAAAACUUUAGAUUAUUCAAAAAUUGAGAAUGUACCUUCAAAAAGACUUUGUCCAAGCUGCAAAACUUUAAUUGAACACGAAAGACUUUGCAAGCAGAUGACUUGUCCAGGUUGUAAAAUUGAUUUCUGUUUUGCUUGUUUAACAGUUUGUACAAAUGGUAAUCUUAGAUGUUCAGGAUAUAGUCAGCAAUGUAAUGUAGCUCCAGUACAAAAUGUAUUCUUUUGAACACCAGACCACUUUGUCAUAAAAAUACUUACAGUCAUGUAUUUGUAUAUAUUGGUCACCAUGUCAUAAAAACAUGUAAAGGAUUUUUAAUAUAAUUAUUGCAAUUUAUCUAUCUGAAUUCAAAUAAACGUAAAGACUCAUUACUCAUUGUCAACAGAAUAGACAGCUAUAUUUUGGCAUAACAAAUCUAUGAUUGUGUCAAUGAAUUAGUCUUCAAAAGCACGUUGAUCAUUACAGUGAUAUAUUCAACCCAAAAAUCCAAUUUCCCCAGGCCUUAAUUAUAGGUGCCUGUUCCCUAUCUGUCCUUAUCAAGUUGAGGACAGGACCAUCUUUAUAAAAUAAAGUAUAUAGAGAUAGCGAACAGUAUUCAAGCUAAAGGGUCCAUUAAACAAUUCAAAAUUGGAGUAGAGCACGGACCUCCAAAAAAUCAGAGAUGGGAUCGGACGCGUUGGAGGAGUGAGCAUCCACUGCCGACCGGUCACACCCGCCGUGUGCUCCUGGUCAUUAUCAGGAAAUAAUUGCAAGCAAACAGUCAGUUUUGAACUGACAGGGAGAAAAUUUAUCCCUUUUUUUGUUCUCGCUCUAUUUAAAUGAUUUAGAAUCAUUCCUCAACAUGAAUGAUGAACAUUUGGAGAAAAUAUCUGAAAUGAUUGAGAAUGAACUUCAUGUGUAUAUUAAGCUUUUUGCUCUGCUGUAUGCUGAUGACACUGUCUUAUUUGCUGAAAAUCCUGAGUCAUUACAAAAUAUGUUGAAUUGUUUUCAUGAAUAUUGUAUAAAAUGGCGGUUAAAAGUAAAUGUUGACAAAACAAAAAUAAUGAGUUUUAGAAGAGGUCG